AUGUCAUAGAACAGUCAUAAUACCCCUGUGAGUUCUUGUGAAAGCUGCUGCAUCUGUUGUCAUGUGAUGGCUUUUACAAGCUUUACCAGCUCAAACCUCUCAAAUUCAUUUCCUUCACGGUUGUAGGUAGGUGGGGCACCUCCUUUUAAAUGGCCACCAUUAUCUUCUUCCCCUCAUCUUCAGCUGUCAUGUUCAUGAAGGACCUUUCGCUUUUUCUUCUCAAAAACGACUUUGGAUCCAAGAUGAAGAGAGGAUUCAGAAACUUCUGUCAUGGUGUCAACUCCACAUCCACCCUGAAGCAGAAAGCUGAAGCCGAUAUGUCCUGUGCUGCUGCUUCGUCAGUCGUCGGUUCAUACAUGGAGGAGAGCCAUGCAGCAGGCAGCCCUAUGACACUGGAGCAGAUGAUCCUAGAACUGGACAUGGAGGAAAAGGCCACAAGAAGGGAUGGGGUGGAUGAAUUCGGUGAGCUCCCCCGGAGGAUGUCAUGCGUUAACAACUCCGACAUUCUCCGUUCAGCACAGAGUGCUUUGAGCCAAUAUCCACGCUUCUCGCUUGACGGGAGAGAUGCAAUGUGCCGGUCAUCAUUCCGAAACUUGAGAGCGAGGCCCAGCGACUUUGAGGGAGGCCGACGAAUAGGGCCCUGCUAUGGCAAGUUCCUGGGUGCAUCUUGCAGGCCUAGUUAUCAGCUGGACCUAGAGAGGAAUUUGUGUCUGCCUCCGACUGUGGCUGGGGAGAGUGUUGUUUGGUGCAAGCCUGGAGUUGUCGCCAAACUGAUGGGGCUGGACGCUCUGCCAGUGCCGGUCGGAGGUUGUAACGGCAGAACUAGUAGACAGACGGUGAGCACUGCUUCAGCUAGUAGGAAACAUUGUCUCAGGAGGAAUGCGAAGCAGGAGCUGGAGAGGGAAAGGCUUCACUUGGGACUUGGCCAUGGUUGCAUGGGGAGAGUAGAGUCGUCAGGAUCUUGCCCGGCAGCCGGAAACCAGUACCGGUUGAUGAAUCCAAUAUCUGUUGAUCAUGGCCGGAGCAUGGAGGAUCACAAGUUCGGGCAUGCUCGAUAGUUGGGCAAAAAGCUAACAAGCUAAUGCUUAAUGUAUAAUGUUAAAUUUGAUGAUCGUUGGUUCCUUUUCGAGUAUGAAAUGUUAGUUUUGAUGAUUAAUAUAAGAAUAAUAAUAAUAUAAUUUUUAAGUA